UGUACAACAACAAACGCCAUGCGUUAUAAAAUUAUUAAUCUGGAAUGUAAAACAAAUGCAAAGUUUGUGAUAAAUACUGAUUGCAGGUUGAAAGCUGUUAAUAGGGAAACGUCACUAGUCAAUAUGAGUUGUGAUGUUGUUGGUGUUGUAGGCAAUAUAUCUGUACACAUUCAGGUGUGGCAAAAGAAUUCAAAAAAUAUAUACCGCCCAUUUUUAAUAAAUAUCACUGAGAAUGCCUGCGACAUUUUAGAUAAAAGAAAAAGUCAUAUCUAUACGACAAUAGCAUUAAAUAUUCUGAAGGAGUUCUCAAACAUUAACCAUACAAGUCCUUAUAGAGGUCACGUCUUUAUUAAAAAUGCCUAUAUGGAUCAACGUUUGAUACCAGUUUCACCACCCACAGGCUUGUAUAAAAUAGUUAUCCGUUGUUUUAAUACCUAUAGCUUAGAAGAAUAUGGAACUGUGAAUUUCUUUAUAGAAGUUAAAGAUUAA